AAAGUCGCUGCGUAAAUCAUGAACACAACUCUCACACACACACACUUACAGUUGAGACCCUUCUCUUCUUGCCAUUCAUUCCCACAAUUCAUACCGCCUCUUUCACGGCGGCAACCGCCACGCGCACCCAAACAACGUACAACCCAUGCUUCAAUAUCACUGCCUCUCAUCUCCAACAACUCAACGCCUCUCCCUCCCGAACAUGCCAACGUACAACCAACAACUGCUCUAACUCCUCUCAACUUUCUUGAAAGAGCCGCCCUCAUCUACGGCGACUUCCCUUCCAUUAUCUACAACGGCAUCACUCGCACGUGGGCCGAAACACGCAUACGAUGCCUCAAACUUGCCUCAUCCAUUGCCGCCCUCGGCAUCAGCCGCGGCGACGUCGUCUCCGUGGUGGCGCCCAACAUCCCCGCCAUGUGCGAGCUCCACUUCGCCGUCCCCAUGGCCGCCGCCGUCCUCAACGCCAUCAGCCUCCGUCUCAACGCCAACGCCGUCUCCAACUUGCUUCGCCACGGCGACUCCAAGCUCGUUUUCGUGGACUCGGAAUCCGCAUCUCUCGUCCGCGAAGCCGUUUCGCUGCUCCCGCCGCAUCACCGCCGCCCCAUUUUAGUCCUCAUCGGAGACGACGGCUGCGAAGAACGCAGUUCGUUCGAUCUUGAUUACGAAAGCAUGGUGGAAAACGGCGACGCGGCGUUCGAGUGGGUCCGGCCCCGCAGCGAGUGGGACCCGAUCGUGCUAAACUACACCUCCGGCACCACCGCGGCUCCCAAGGGGGUGGUGCACAGCCACCGUAGCGCGUUCCUGCAGUGUUUGAACAUGUUAUUCGAAUGGUGCGUGCCGCAGCGGCCAGUGUACCUGUGCACGGUGCCGAUGUUCCACUGCAACGGAUGGAGCUUUGGCUGGGGUAUCGCGGCUGUUGGCGGCGCCAGCGUGUGCCUCCGCCACGUCGAUGCGCCAUCCGUAUACGGAGCAUUGGAGGAGUACGGAGUGACGCACAUGGGCGGCGCGCCCACUGUGCUCAAUAUGUUGAUCAACUACACCAGGAGCAAGCCGCUGAGCACUCCUGUCCAUGUCAUGGUCGGCGGAGCGCCGCCGCCAGCGGCCGUGCUUGGGCGGGCUGAGUCGUUGGGGUUCAUUGCAACUCACGGGUAUGGGCUAACGGAGACGUUUGGCGUUGCUGUGAUGUGCUUGUGGAAGCCAGAAUGGGACCAUUUACCAGCAUGGGAGAAAGCCAGGCUCAAGGCAAGACAAGGAGUUGGAUCAAUUUGCUCCGCCGAAGUGGACGUUGUAGACCCAAAGUCGGGCAAGAGCGUGGUCCGUGAUGGGUCGACGAUGGGGGAGGUGGUGCUGAGAGGCGCCACUUUGAUGUCAGGGUAUCUCAAUGAUCCAGAAGGAACGUCGCGGUGUAUGAGAGAGAAUGGGUGGUUUUGGACGGGAGACAUCGGCGUGAUGCACGAAGAUGGAUACUUGGAGGUGAAGGAUAGGUCCAAGGAUAUCAUAAUUUGCGGCGGAGAGAAUGUCAGCAGCGUCGAGGUCGAGUCUGUUCUCUACAGCCACCCGGCCGUGCAUGAGGCGGCGGUGGUGGCGCGACCGGACAGUUACUGGGGAGAGACGUCGUGCGCGUUCGUCAGACUCAAGGAGGACGAGGCGGAGAAGCUGUCAGAGAAGGAGAUUAGGGAGUUUUGUAAGGAGAGAUUGCCGCUCUUCAUGGUGCCGAGGAUGGUGGUGUUCAAGGCGGAGCUACCCAAGACGUCUACCGGAAAAAUCCAGAAAUUUUUGCUCCGAGAUAUGGCCAAGGAUUUUUGAAUAUUUUAUUUUAUAGAGUGUAAACGGUGACCAACCGUAAAAUUUAUAAUACUUAUAAAGAGGAUGUUGCUAUAUUAGAUCCCCACUUUUAUGGUAUUCGU